CAAAGCGGACUCUCUACAAAUGUGGGGAAUUUAGUCAGAAUGCACUUCACCUACUUGUCGAUCUUACACGAGGGAGCAAAGAUUAGGCAGUGGUAAAAGAAUGGUCUGUUUAGAGUCUGACCCAGACUAGGGCUCGUUACGUAAAAUGGGGGCGACCCGGGUACCAGCCAGUGGCGGACCAACCAUGGCUUGGGGCUUAGUGAGUGGGGUGGAAGCACUGCUGGUGCGGAGCGGCACAUUCAUAUGGCAGAUCGUUUUGUGGAUAAUUCGGAGGUGUUACCUGCAAAGGAUGAGGUCAUGUCAGCAGUGUCUACACACCAGCUUCUUCCUGGGCAACGUCUAUCAGAUGACAGAGGGACGACUCUGCCAGGUGCAACUCCUGGACGACAGGAAGCUGGAACUUUUGGUUCAGCCAAAGCUAUUGUCUCGUGAACUCUUGGAUUUGGUAUCAUCCCAUUUUAACCUUAAAGAGAAGGAGUACUUUGGCUUCACAUAUGUGGAUGACACUGGUCAGUGCAAAUGGCUGCAGCUGGACCGCAAAGUCCUGGAACACGACUUCUCCAAGAAAUCAGGACCCAUCGCUCUACAGUUCCUAGUGAGGUUUUAUAUUGAGAGCAUUUCACUCCUGAAAGAGCACACAACAGUGGAGCUAUUUUUUCUGAAUGCAAAGUCCGCCAUUUAUAGCGGUGAUAUAGAGGUGGAGAGUGAGCUGGUUUUAAAAUUAGCUGCUCAUGCAUUGCAGGAGUCUAAAGGAGACUAUACAAGUGAUGAAAACACCAGAGCAGACCUGAAGAAACUUCCAACACUGCCUACUAAAGUACUGCAAGAGCAUCCAUCGCUAGCAUACUGCGAGGAGCGAGUGAUUGAGCACUACAAGCUGUUGAAAGGGCUCUCCCGAGGCAAGGCCAUUGUGCAGUAUUUGACUGUUGUAGAGUCCUUGCCCACAUAUGGAGUGCAUUAUUAUGAAGUGAAGGAUAAGCAAGGUAUUCCAUGGUGGUUGGGAAUCAGUUAUAAAGGCAUUGGGCAAUAUGACCACCAAGACAAAGUAAAACCUCGAAAGCUCUUCCAGUGGAAGCAGUUGGAGAACUUGUACUUCAGAGAGAAGAAGUUUGCAGUGGAGGUGAAUGACCCGCACAGUAGACGAACAGUGACAAAACGUACGUUUGGCCAGACGGGGUUGGUGAUCCACACCUGGUAUGCCAGUCAUUCGUUGAUCAAAACCAUCUGGAUCAUGGCCAUCAGCCAACACCAGUUCUACCUGAACAGAAAACAGAGCAAGGCAAAAAUCACCACAGCCAGAAGUUUAGGAGACAUCGCAGCUGACCUGACAGAGAACGGAGCAUCAAAAAUGAACAAACUGAGUGCAGGAGUGAAGAAUCAGCUCAUCAUGGCCAGUAACGGGAGCCUUGUGUCAACAGGUUCGGCUGACUCAGAAAUGAAUGACGACCAGAAAAAAGAGAAACUGGCAGAGCUAAGAAAGAAGGAGCGGGAUAUCCAGGAUAUUCUCAGCCAAAAACUGACUGAGCUGAAGGAAAUAUGCCUGAGAGAGGCUGAACUUACUGGCAAACUCCCAAAAGAGUAUCCUCUCAUUAAAGGCGAGACCCCUCCUCGGCUCCGGAGGAGAGUUGGGACCGCUUUCAAACUGGAUGACCUUUUCCCAUAUAAUGAGGAUCCGUAUCUCAGGAAUCUGGAGAGCCGUUUUGCGCUGCAGCAGAAGAUUGUGGAGGCGGCGAAGAAGCUGGCGGCUGAUCAUGACAUCUCUAAAUUAGUGAGGAAGAAGAGGAGGAGAAACUGUCUGGAUGCCAUGCAGAAGCUGCAAGAGAUUGAAGAUGAGAUGAACCAGUACAGACUGAAGAAAGGACAAAAACCCACUCAGAGAGCUUCAUUACUCAUAUCAGAUGAACUGGUUCCGUCCGACUCUAGCUCACUCUGUAAUAGUCUUGUGCUUGAUGAUGAGGUUGAUGGGAGCCAGAGGCCGCGUUCUCGCUCAGUCCAGUGCUCCCCGUGUCUUGUUCCUCCUCUGUCUUCUUCUGGUUUGGAGUUUGACACAGCGAGACGAUCCUCAGCCAGUGUCACACACCUAGACAGCAGAUUAGAUCAUGAGGGUCAGGGGUCAGGACAGUACUACACUCCUCGAGAGGUGUUUUCUGCACAAAGCAGUCCAUGUAAAACCUUACCAAGAAUGCAGAGGAAUCCCCGCAGUUUACCCCAAACCCCUGUCAUGCCCCGUAAUGCCUACAGCAGCAGCCAACUCAGGUCAGAAAGUCACCUCCGAGGUUUCCGGCACCGCAGCGGGAGUUUAGAAUCUCAGUCGCAACUUCUCCACUCUCACUGUCCAAACAAGUCGGUCUUCCCGUUGUCUCCUUCUCGCCGUAGUAACAGCACUGAGGUGUUGGACGACUGCUCAUCCUAUACCAGCAUGUCAAGUAUGGACUACUGUCCCCCCUGCUCGGCCACACCCCCCUACCACACUCUGGACUCUCCCCACAACUAUCGCCUCCAUCGCAAAGUGGAGAUCUAUGGCAACACAGGCAGUAUGCCCAACCUGGUCCCUCAAAACUCCAAUUGUUACGGCUACCAACAGAAUCACUACGGCCCGAACUACCCUACAGGAUAUCCCGCGUUUGACUAUGAGCCUUGUUCGAACGGAGCUUACGUUUACGAGAGCGAACUUGAGGGUCAUUAUAAUAUCAAUCCCUCUUAUCCAGCGCAAGGUUACCAUGGGCGUAGCCGGAAUAGACAUUAUGGGAUGGAGGGGUCAGAUAAUUUGUUGCAGAACCCUUACGCAACAGUACGGCCUCCAAGAGGAAGGCAGGGACCCUUGAAUGAUGUGCUAACGAAGAACAUGUACAAGGCUUUGGUGGCAGAGCACCUAAAGGGAUGGUACAAUCGUAGCGCUGGGAACAAGGACCCAGGUGGAUAUCAGCUGGUUUAUACCUACAAAUAUGACCGAGGCUCACAGCACAGCCUGGGCUACCAGACCCUCCCCGCACCCUUCAGCCAUUCCAGCAGAACCAACUCAUUCUCAUCAGUGUCAUCUACUGCCAGUGGAGGGGGAAAUUGGCAGAAUCAUUUAGCUGUGGGCCUGACUGAUGGUGAAAUACCAGACGCUCCCUUGAGCGAAGGGGUCUACAGUCCUUCAUACAGCCGCAGUUCUUCACACAGCAGGUUCCCGGCAGAAUGUACAUCUCCACAUACAUCAGAGACUGUAGAAGUGUUUGAUGCUGUGGCCGGCUGUUCAGAUGCAGACCAUUGAAAACAGCAGAUGAGGACAGAGCACACAUUGAGACCGGCGGCUGUAUUUCCCAGCUUCUGGAGGACCAGAAGACACAUUGGCACAACAGGAAGUAGGAAGUACAGUAGAAAGGAAACAGAAGCACCUCACAGACACCAUGGACCUAAAUUCUCUCGUGCCUUGGAAUGGGAUCUUUCAGUUCCAGAGUGACAGGAGAAGAGCUGUGGCCAAGCUAGUGGGGACAUUUGGGAAAUGUCUCAUAAAAUGCACAGACUUGUAAGAAAUAGGGACCUGGAGCAUCAGUGUUUAUAUUCAGAACUGUAGAAAGCACAGAGAAAUAAACCAACUAAACAAGAAAUGCACACGUAAUUAUAGUGAAUGUCAUUUCAAACAGGAUUUUGAGAGAAGGUAAAUAAAACUAGUCAUAUCACAUUAUCUUUCUGACAUUUUUUACUCCGUUAGACACUAUUACUGUAUAGUCCAUUAAUUUAACAUUCUUAUUUCAUAUAUAGUGUUUUCACUGUCAUAUUCCACUGCCGUCUUCUAUCCUGAAAACAGUGACAGAUUUGAACGCAAUUAAAUAAUGAAAUCCCAAACCAUUUCAACAACAAAAUAAUGUAAAUAUUGUUAUGGAUGUUUUUGUAAUGUAAUUUAUUUAAUUGUCAAUGGCAUAAGAAUGCACUCUCUUCAAGUGAUCAUUUCUGAUUAUGGACCAUUAGACGGAAGUGAGUUUUUCGCUCUCUUUAUAUUGAUGUAGAUACUUUUCAUCGCACAACUUCUGUGCAUUACAAAAGCAACAAUUGAUUGAAGUGAAUUCAAUGAAAAAAAUAAUCAAAUUGGGGAAUUUUUGUCCAAUAUGGAGCUUGACCAAACUGCUGAUACAAGACCAGAAAAAAUCAGGAUGCUUGUUCUAUCAGAAAAGAAUUAUUGGGAUUAAUACAAAUGUAGAAAUAUUUACAUAAUGUUUCGGUACAUCCGUCCCAUGAUUCAGAGCACGGAUACUUGUUUGAACCGUCAGAUCCUGCCAGAAGGCUACAGCAUCAUGGGAGUGGAGCUUACCCCUGCCCAGGAUGGGACCUAAACUGGUGGUGAUGGGGUGGAGGGGGGGUAAAAACAACAGAAGUAUGCAAACAAUGAGAGACAGUUGAGCAGGCUUAUAAAACGGAGGCUGUAUUGUGAGAGAUGCCUGAUAGAAUGAAUCCCAUAAUCUUCCUGCUAGAACUACGCUUACGCUUAUAUUUCCGCUUUGAGUAAGAAAAAAGAUGUCAACCCAACAUUUUUCAGUGUUUUACUGGUGAAUGCGGGAAGAAUGUCAUCAAAGUUAUUAAAGGAAUAAUUCACCCAGAAAUAAAAAUAUGACUUUUAGAACUUUUUCAUUAACUUUCAUUUUAUGGAAAAAGGCGGCCUAGACAUUCUUCAAAACAUCUCCUUUAGUGUUCCAUGGAAUAAAGAAAUUCAUAGAUGGAUUGACAUUAGGUUGAGUAAAUAAGCACAUAUUUUAAUAUUUUGGGUGAACUAUACCUUUCAAGUCAACAAAAUCGCCAUGUGUCAUGCUGGAGUACACAAAUGUUCAUUCUCUUCCUAUCGAUCUCCUUUAAAUGUGUCAGUCUGAUUGUACAGAUUGUAGUUGUAUUUUCCUGUAUUGUCUGUUUAUGUGGCUUAGGAGCAUGUGAUGUAAAAGCACACGUUUAGAACAAUGUUUGGUGUUUUUUAAAGUGGUUUGAAUGUCAACAUUGACAACAGUUAUACGUUUCAUCAGAUACCAUUAACUGUGUUCAUUUCCAUACCUAAGCAAGUAGUCUUUCCUUUUCCUAAAGUAUGUGAAUAAAAAACGAGGUGUG